AUGCGCACGUCGCUUUUCUUUCUCCUCCGACAUUUUCAUUCUCUUUUAAUAUUCGUUAAUCCUUAUACGUUUUUCUCUUCGUUUGUCUUGGAAUUCCUUCCAAUUGUCAUCUGUUUUUGUGUCAUCGCUUCUUCAUUCUUUCUUUAUUUCAUUUCUUUCGUUUAUUCAUUUUUUAUUCAUUUAUUCAGUCAGUCAGUCUUCCCUCCUCUAAUUAAUUAUUUUUUUUUCUUUCUUUAUCUCCUUUUGCCUCCAAUUGAUUUUCUUUACCUUAUUCAUUUCUCCUUUUUCCAUUUCCUCUUUUAUUUUUCUUUUAUUUUCUUUUUUAUACUCUCCUCUGUUUUCUACAUUUUCUUUCGCUUUUCCUUCUUAAAUUCCACAUUCUUCCAUCAAUUGAUUUUUUUCUUUAUUUCUUCCCCUUUUUCAUUUCUUCUCUGUUUUCCAUUCGUUCUUUUCCCUGUUUUCCUUUUUGCGACAAAUAAUUUCCUUAUAUUUUGUCCUCUUCAUUUUCUCUUUUUCUUUCUUUAUCUUUUUUUUCUUUCCUUUUUGCUUUUGUUUAUUCUUCUUUCGUUAUUUUUUUUCUUUCUUUCUUUUAUCUGCUUCCAAUGGAUUUCCCAUUUAUUUCUUCCUCAACUAUUUCUUCUUCUUUCUUUCUUUUUUUUUUUACUUUUUUCGAAUCUUUUGUUUUUAUUAUUUUUAUUUAUUUUUCUUUCUUUCUUUCUUUCUUUCUUUCUUUCUUUCUUUCUUUCUUCUUUCAUUCAUUCAUUCAUUCAUUCAUUCAUUCAUUCAUUCCUCCAUAUUACUUUUCAAUAUCGCUCUCUUCAUCCGGGCCUUUUGUUCCUUCAUUGUUCCUCUUGCUUAAUAUUUUCUUUCUGUUUUGAGACCAUCUAUUUCCCAGAAUUUUCUUUCUUCUUUUCAUUAUAA